AACGAAACCAGAGCCGCCCUCCUCGCUGCCUGUCAAGGUCGACUUGAAACUUGUUUGCUGGAGUGGAAGCCGCGCUAUUGGAUUAUUGCAGGACUUUGCACGUCGCACAAGCAAGCCUCUAUCCCUCUGCACCUCCUCAGGAGCUUCACCUUAGCCGCUCUUUGUUUUCAGCCAGCCACAUUGGAUGCCAUGAUACCCGUGCCCUGACCAUCACCAUGUGAGAUACUAUAAAGUCUAGUUCGCCGUCGCUUCGCCUAGAAAAUGGAUCGUCUGCUCAUCAACCCAAUCCGGCAUCUGUCUGUUCUCCUUUUGUGAAGAUUUCCUUUCUUGUUCUUUCCCUUCACUUCAUUUCUGUGAAUAGCUUCAAGACGCUCCUUUUCACUCACCCUGCUGUGCAGGUUUCCAUUCUCUCGCCCACCCGGCAAGCUGAUCAUACACUCCUUCAACUCCAAACCUCCGAGGCAUCCACCUGCAACAUGUUUUUCAAGCUCUCUACCGUCAUUGCCUAUGCGGCCCUCGCAGCCGCCAGCCCCAUUGUCCCUUCGCUGAACGAGGAGGCGACCAAGGAGGCCCAGCAGCGCGACAACGGCGCAACUCGGUUCCGCUCCGAUGUCCAGAUCAAGACGUCCAACGGAAACUGCCUCACCAUAGACAAGCUGUCCGGGGACUUCCGCGCGAACCUGACCCCGAUCCAGGUCGCCCCGUGCGGCAGCAAGGACGGGCAGGGCUUCGACAUCAUCACGGCCGGGAAGCACAUUGACCAGCCCAACUCGAUGCUCGUCGUCAGCACCCUGACCCAGGCCUGCUUCAACUUUGACCCCCGCCGCGCCGCAGGGAACCAGGCCCUGCUGUUUUCCUGCGGCGGCCGCGCCGACGGUGGUGGUCAAGCAACGUCCUCGCAGCAGUUCGCCUUUUCCGGCAACGCCGCGUCCCUUACUUUCGAGCCCAACAACGCCAAGGGCACGUGUUUCACCGUGAAGGGCAACGCUCUCGACGUUGCCAACUGCAACGCCGGAGACGCGGGCCAGAAGUUCACCAUCGAGGGUGCCGGCGGCGGCGGCGGCGGUGGCGGCGGCAACAACAACAACAACAACAACAACAACGGCGGCAACGGAGGUGGCAACGGACAGCAGCAGCCGCCAGCGGCGACCUCGUCUUCCAGUGCCGGAAACGGCAGAGGUGCGACCAGGGCGCCGGCGGCCACCACCUCUGUCGGCCGCGCCGGGUCGUCUCCGGCGCCGACCUCGCCGGCUGGGAACGGGGGUGGCAACAACGGCAACAACGGCAACAACAAGGCCAUCCCCAACCCCACCACCCCCGUCCCCGUCUCCCGCGCGGGCGGCACCCUCCAGCCCAGCGCCGCCGCCGAGGCGCAGCAGCGCGACCCCACGGCCCAGCGCUCCUUCACCAACGUGCAGAUCCGCACCGCCGACGGGCGCUGCCUCUCCGUCGACCCCACGGCGGGCGACUUUCGGCAGAACCUGAUCCCCGUCGCCGUCUCCAACACCGGGGGUUGCAACGGAACCCCCAACGAGCGCUUCGACGUGGUCACCUCGGGCCGCCACAACGACGGCCGCCAGGGCGGCAGCCUGCUCGUCAGCUCGCUCAUGGCCGGCUGCGUCAGCGUCGACCCGCGCCGCGCCGCCGGCGACACCGUCACCAUGUUCAGCUGCGGCGGGCGCGCCGACGGCGGCGGCGAGACCAACGCGGGCCAGCUGUUCAAGAUCGAUGCCGCGUCGGCUGCUUCUUUCACCCUGGCCCCGCUGGGGGAGAACGGCAGCGUCUGCGUCGUCGUGGGCAGCAGUGGGAGGCUCGUCACCGGGCCCUGCGCCGGCAAUGCUGGUCAGCGUUUUGAGAUUGUCCAGUAGGUGGAAUUUUUGUAUUUUUUUGGGGAGAAAACUGCCGCGGCUAGCCGGCUUUACUUCACUUCUUACACUGUAUCUUCAUAGGCCUUUUUUUUUCUUUUUACUUUCUUG